UUGUUGGGUCAGAGAGGUCACUCCGGUGUGGCCUGUCCUGCCUCGGUCCUCUGACCUUCUACUCUCAGGCUGUGGGAGACAAUGUGCGCCUGAGCCAGGGGUGUCGACUCGCAGAGAGGACGGGGAAGACGUUCAGGAACGGCCUGGUGUUCAGCAGCCGCCCAGUGAAGGUCCAGGAGAGGAUUCGUCUGAGGGUGGAGAAGGAUUUGAUGAACUGCCAAGGAGCUCUGCGUGUGGGCUUCACCAACGUGCCACCUUCAGCCAGAUCUCAGCCUCUGCCCGACAUGGCCAUCCCCAACCUCACUGACAUCUCCGGGCACUGGGCUGCUCCCGUGCAUGAAUCCUACUGCCAAGCAGGUUCAGAGCUUGAGUUCUGGGUUUCCAAUGGAGGCUCCUUAUAUAUUACUAGCAACAACAUCAGGCAGCACAAACUACUGACAGGAGUGGAUCUGAGCAAGCCGCUGUGGGCCAUGAUAGACAUCUACGGACAGACGUGCUCCAUUUUCCUUCUGGGCUCAGAGAAAAGGGAGCUGUUUCGCACCAGAAGGUCCUGUCCUGCACCUGAACGCCCCACCUCACUGGAUGUUGACAAUCCCAGCAGGAUGACUCCUGUUGUGUCGAACCUCCACGGAGACAGCGAGCAAUGCAUCUCCUGUCUUGACAUGGAAGUCCCAGCAGUUGUUGGGUCAGAGAGGUCACUCCGGUGUGGCCUGUCCUGCCUCGGUCCUCUGACCUUCCACUCUCAGGCUGUGGGAGACAAUGUGCGCCUGAGCCAGGGGUGUCGACUCGCAGAGAGGACGGGGAAGACGUUCAGGAACGGCCUGGUGUUCAGCAGCCGCCCAGUGAAGGUCCAGGAGAGGAUUCUUCUGAGGGUGGAGAAGGAUUUGAUGAACUGCCAAGGAGCUCUGCGUGUGGGCUUCACCAACGUGCCACCUUCAGCCAGAUCUCAGCCUCUGCCCGACAUGGCCAUCCCCAACCUCACUGACAUCUCCGGGCACUGGGCUGCUCCCGUGCAUGAAUCCUACUGCCAAGCAGGUUCAGAGCUUGAGUUCUGGGUUUCCAAUGGAGGCUCCUUAUACAUUACUAGCAACAACAUCAGGCAGCACAAACUACUGACAGGAGUGGAUCUGAGCAAGCCGCUGUGGGCCAUGAUAGACAUCUACGGACAGACGUGCUCCAUUUUCCUUCUGGGCUCAGAGAAAAGGGAGCUGUUUCGCACCAGAAGGACCUGUCCUGCACCUGAACGCCCCACCUCACUGGAUGUUGACAUUCCCAGCAGGAUGACUCCUGCUGUGUCGAACCUCCAUGGAAACAGCGAGCAAUGCAUCUCCUGUCUUGACAUGGAAGUCCCAGCAGUUGUUGGGUCAGAGAGGUCACUCCGGUGUGGCCUGUCCUGCCUCGGUCCUCUGACCUUCCACUCUCAGGCUGUGGGAGACAAUGUGCGCCUGAGCCAGGGGUGUCGACUCGCAGAGAGGACGGGGAAGACGUUCAGGAACGGCCUGGUGUUCAUUAGCCGCCCAGUGAAGGUCCAGGAGAGGAUUCUUCUGAGGGUGGAGAAGGAUUUGAUGAACUGCCAAGGAGCUCUGCGUGUGGGCUUCACCAACGUGCCACCUUCAGCCAGAUCUCAGCCUCUGCCCGACAUGGCCAUCCCCAACCUCACUGACAUCUCCGGGCACUGGGCUGCUCCCGUGCAUGAAUCCUACUGCCAAGCAGGUUCAGAGCUUGAGUUCUGGGUUUCCAAUGGAGGCUCCUUAUACAUUACUAGCAACAACAUCAGGCAGCACAAACUACUGACAGGAGUGGAUCUGAGCAAGCCGCUGUGGGCCAUGAUAGACAUCUACGGACAGACGUGCUCCAUUUUCCUUCUGGGCUCAGAGAAAAGGGAGCUGUUUCGCACCAGAAGGUCCUGUCCUGCACCUGAACGCCCCACCUCACUGGAUGUUGACAUUCCCAGCAGGAUGACUCCUGCUGUGUCGAACCUCCACGGAGACAGCGAGCAAUGCAUCUCCUGUCUUGACAUGGAAGUCCCAGCAGUUGUUGGGUCAGAGAGGUCACUCCGGUGUGGCCUGUCCUGCCUCGGUCCUCUGACCUUCCACUCUCAGGCUGUGGGAGACAAUGUGCGCCUGAGCCAGGGGUGUCGACUCGCAGAGAGGACGGGGAAGACGUUCAGGAACGGCCUGGUGUUCAUUAGCCGCCCAGUGAAGGUCCAGGAGAGGAUUCGUCUAAGGGUGGAGAAGGAUUUGAUGAACUGCCAAGGAGCUCUGCGUGUGGGCUUCACCAACGUGCCACCUUCAGCCAGAUCUCAGCCUCUGCCCGACAUGGCCAUCCCCAACCUCACUGACAUCGGGCACUGGGCUGCUCCCGUGCAUGAAUCCUACUGCCAAGCAGGUUCAGUGCUGGAGUUCUGGGUUUCCAAUGGAGGCUCCUUAUACAUUACUAGCAACAACAUCAGGCAGCACAAACUACUGACAGGAGUGGAUCUGAGCAAGCCGCUGUGGGCCAUGAUAGACAUCUACGGACAGACGUGCUCCAUUUUCCUUCUGGGCUCAGAGAAAAGGGAGCUGUUUCACACCAGAAGGUCCUGUCCUGCACCUGAACGCCCCACCUCACUGGAUGUUGACAAUCCCAGCAGGAUGACUCCUGCUGUGUCGAACCUCCACGGAGACAGCGAGCAAUGCAUCUCCUGUCUUGACAUGGAAGUCCCAGCAGUUGUUGGGUCAGAGAGGUCACUCCGGUGUGGCCUGUCCUGCCUCGGUCCUCUGACCUUCCACUCUCAGGCUGUGGGAGACAAUGUGCGCCUGAGCCAGGGGUGUCGACUCGCAGAGAGGACGGGGAAGACAUUCAGGAACGGCCUGGUGUUCAUUAGCCGCCCAGUGGAGGUCCAGGAGAGGAUUCUUCUGAGGGUGGAGAAGGAUUUGAUGAACUGCCAAGGAGCUCUGCGUGUGGGCUUCACCAACGUGCCACCUUCAGCCAGAUCUCAGCCUCUGCCCGACAUGGCCAUCCCCAACCUCACUGACAUCUCCGGGCACUGGGCUGCUCCCGUGCAUGAAUCCUACUGCCAAGCAGGUUCAGAGCUUGAGUUCUGGGUUUCCAAUGGAGGCUCCUUAUACAUUACUAGCAACAACAUCAGGCAGCACAAACUACUGACAGGAGUGGAUCUGAGCAAGCCGCUGUGGGCCAUGAUAGACAUCUACGGACAGACGUGCUCCAUUUUCCUUCUGGGCUCAGAGAAAAGGGAGCUGUUUCGCACCAGAAGGUCCUGUCCUGCACCUGAACGCCCCACCUCACGGAUGUUGACAUUCCCAGCAGGAUGA